AUGAUGGAUAUUGGUUCCAAAGACUUGAUCAGCAAUCUACCAGACGCUCUUGUUUGCCACAUUUUGUCAUUCCUCUCCACAGAAGAUGCUGCUUUGACUUCAGUUCUCGCGAAAAGGUGGAGGUAUCUUCUGGCUUUUGUACCAAAUCUGGAUUUGGAUAACGCCAGCUAUGACCAUCCUGAAAUGGGGAGUCAAAGAAGUCUACAUUUGCGUCAAAGCUUCAAUGUUUUUGUGGAUAGAGUAAUGGCUUUGCAAGGGAAGGCUCCGGUAAACAAGUUUUCUCUAAGGUGUGAAGAUGAUUAUGAUCCAUCUCGUGUCAAUGGUUGGAUAUUCAAUGUGUUGGAGCGUGGUGUAGUAGAUCUUGAUCUAUACAUCGAACCGGAUUCUGAUUACUCGCUUCCUUCUAAGGUUUUGAUGAGCAAGACAUUGGUCAGGCUGAAAGUAGAAGGUGUUGAUAACUUCACCACCCAUGUGGGAGAUUUUUGUCUUCCAAGGCUUAAGACCUUGUAUCUUGAUGAUGUUGGACUCGAAGACACUGGUGCUUCCUUUGCCAAGCUAAUCUCUGUUUGUCAUGUGCUUGAAGAGUUGGUUAUGAUUGAUGUGGGAUGGGAUUUUUGGGAUUCUUGCUCUGUUUUUAACCCAAGCCUCAAGAGACUAAAGAUUUUAUGUGACAGUCACAUUGAAAUGAAUCCAAAUAGUGUAUCAUUCGACACACCAAAUCUUGUCUUCUUAGACUUGACUGACAAGGUUGCGAUCAAGUAUCCUAAAGCGAAUUUUGAUUCGCUUGUUGAAGCUAGGCUCGAUCUUAGAACUACACUUGAUCAGAACGAGCCAGCUGGAGAUUCAGCAGAUGCAACAGAUUUGUUUAUGGGAAUACGCAAUGUUGAGAUCCUUUCCUUAUCUGGCGCCACCGUUGAGGUACUUACCAUCUGUUGCAAAGCAAUACCGGUUUUCAACAACCUGAUUCAGUUAACUAUCGAGACUGAUCGAAAACGAGGAUGGGAAUCAUUGCCCAAUCUACUCAAGAACUGUCCAAAUCUUGAAACCCUUGUCUUCCAAGGACUCGAUUACAAAGAUACAGAUGGAUGUGGAGAUGAGGGAUACAAAUUCAAAGAUACAAACAUAUGUUGCAACCAAUAUGGGGACAUAUGCAUGUGCAAACCUUGGGAAGGCACUCCUAUUUGCCUAACAUCAAGCCCGGUGAAGGUGCUAAAGGUAUUGAAGUUUGGAGAAAUCACUAAUUUCAUUGACUUUGAGAAGCAGCUGCUGAUGAUAAAGUAUUUCUUGGAGACGAUGCCGAAUCUCGAACAAGUGAUAUUAUACUAUGAUACUCCAUUUGACGAUGAUAUGAGUCUAGUUUCAACUGCCCUUUAUAUGCUUGAGAAAGUAGCCUCAACCAAAUGCAAGAUUCAAGUAGUGUCUGAUAGCACCAGCUAUGUGCACUCUGCCUCUGCGCUAUUUACAACUGGACUCGCCUUCAUCAAAACCACCUUUCCGGUCUGA